AUGAAGACACAGGCAGCUGAUGAGGAAUCUAAAGCAGUAUUAGUCACCAACAAAAUUAAAGUAAAAAGUAAGAGUGAGGAGGAUGGGGCAAAGGAGUGCGAAGAAUCGCUAAGAUUGAUUGAAGAUUUAAAUUUUUUUUUAGCGACAGCGCCAGUAAAUUGGCAGGAAAAUCAAAUUAUUAGACGAUAUUAUCUGAAUAGCGAUCAGGGAUUUGUUUCUUGCGUCUUCUGGAAUAGCUUGUAUUAUAUUACAGGAACGGAUAUAGUGAAAUGUUGUAUCUAUAGGAUGCAGAAAUUUGGUAGGGAAAUAAUACAGAAGAAAAAGUUCGAAGAAGGUAUUUUUUCCGACUUGAGAAAUCUUAAAUGUGAUAUAGAUGCUACUUUAGAACAGCCCAAAUCAGAAUUUUUGUCAUUUUUAUUCAGAAAUAUGUGUCUCAAGACACAGAAGAAGCAGAAAGUCUUUUUUUGGUUUAGUGUUCCUCAUGAUAAAUUAUUUGCAGAUGCGUUAGAAAGAGAUCUGAAAAGAGAAAAUAUGGAUCAACCUUCCACCACUAGAUCGGUCUCUGAGCCGGCGUUAUCGUUCAAGUAUGAUUCAAUGUCAGAAUACACUGUGUAUGAACAACUGAUGAAGCAUGUAGAAGUUAAAAGAGCAACCACAUCACCAGUCUCAAUGGCAACGUCACGCAUUUCGGAUCCCUCGGUUAAUAACGUGUUGGAAGAAGAGAACUUACAUUCGUCACCUUUACAUCUAGGAACCGAUGUUGCUGUAAAUGGUGUUCCUAUAUCAUCACAAAUGCGAUCUACCGCAGGUACAGAUAUAUUAAGUGGACAGUCAAUUGUUUCCUCGCCAGAUACAAGCAGCAACUAUACACCGCAGAAGCUUGUCGUUGUGGAACCUAGCAGCCUAGAUUUGCACAGCAGCAUUCCUGAAAAUAAAAUUUCAAAGGAUAACGUUAUAGUGGUCGAUGACUCGGACCAUGGCGAUUUCCCCUUGGAUUAUUUCCCGGUUGAAAUCGAUCAUGUUAAUGCGGAAGAGGAUUUAGAAAGUUUUAACAUGCCGCCUAAUGGUGCCUUCGCACAACCUUCAAUGUUUUACGAUAACAGCUUUGGGUCCUAUGAUGAUGAAGUUGUUCCAGCUACAGCUAAUUUUGCUAGGCAUUCUCAUUAUUCUGUGCGUACACCUUUUCCACAUCCAGUUUCUGGUAAUACAUCUCAUUUUAUGACCAAUGGCAAGUAUUACAGUUCUCAAAUGAAAGACAAAUUAGAAUCGCCUAAUCCUAAUAAAGAGUUUCUGUAUAUGCGGUAUUCUGAUAACGAAGAUUCUAAUGAGGAGCAACAGCCGGAAGACCAGGAUUAUUCGGAACAGCAACAGCAGCAAUCUCAUGUACCGCAUUACAUGAACCCAUAUCAAAAGUUUUACAAUCCUUCAAUGUAUCCUGGUUAUUUUUUGCCUGGUACAAUGUUUGGUGGUCCAUCGGAUAUGGUGGGCCAAAAUAAUGAAAUUAUGAAUAAUGGUUACGAUGAGAUGUUUCCUCUACAAGAUUCAGGCGAACAAGGUUUUUAUCUCCCUUAUGAAUCUCACAAUUGGACUUGUGUUCCCCCGCAGGCUAUGCAGCCCCCCACGGCAACUUCCGCAUUCGUGCCGAAGCCAUAUACACCAAGUUAUCGGACCGCACCAAUGAGCACAAUAAAUCCGUAUAUGUCUAUGGCACAAAGUGGAUGGCAACAACCAUUGACUUCUCCAUACACGUCAAAGGCCACCUCGGCAACUUCAAAGGCAUAUCCCAACAGCGCAUUCUAUCAAUCGCAACCGGGACCGAACGUAUCACAUAGAAGACCAUAUCAAAGCGGUCCAUCAGCAUCUAAAAGUUUCGCUUCAAAUAGUAACAAAACACCAAAAUCCUAUCAUCGUAAAAUAAGUCCUCAAAAGCAUCAAAGCAAAUUCACUGGUACCCUCAAGAACAAAAAAACAUCCUAUAGAGAAUUCAAGGACAAGGAGCCUCGUAGACAGAAGUUUUCGAUUCCCACGCCCGAAUCGAACAAUCUCAACUCUCAGAAUUUUUCGAAUGAUUAUGAAAAAGAAGAAAAUUCAGAUUACACUACUAGUGGCUUUCGAAAAUCACUGGACGAAUCUAGCUAUUCAGAUUGA